UAAAGAGUUGUCAGAGUUGUGAAAUGGUAGAGUACCGGUAUGGUUAACUGGGAAGGAAUAUUACCUCAGUCCUCAGAUAUUGGAGUUCAAAGCCAAACCAUAAAACAGAAAGGCAUAUAGAUCUUGGGUUUUGCUGUGGAUGAGGACGAGAAUGACAUCGAGGCAUACGAUUCGCUUGUGCCGUUAUCACCAGUUUCUGCAGCGGCAGAGGCCACAGCUUUUCCAUCCGGCUUGCUUCUUUCGAAGUUUGAGCUCACAAACUAUACGCUCAGUUCAGCGACCCAGACUAAUGAAGAUGAUGGUGAUCGGUACAGUGGUUAGCCUUCCUGUCGCUGCAGGGGUUCAGUUCUCAGUAGCAGAUGCCCAGGAAAGGAGGAGGAUGAGAAUUAUAGCAGAAGGAAUGGGACGCUUCUGCAGGUCAUUGAUAAUUGGAAUGCAGAUCUCUUUAGAUUAUUGGUGGACCACAAAUGUGACACUUCGAAAUGUAGAAGAGAGCAGCGCAGAGUAUGUACAUGUGAUGUCAUCUUGCCACCAAAGAGCAGCCAAUGCCAUUGUGGAAGGAGCCAUUCAGAAUGGAGGUGUGUACAUUAAGCUAGGACAAGGGUUGUGUGCCUUUAACCAUCUGUUCCCCCCAGAAUACAUUACCACACUUCGAAUCCUGGAGGACAAGGCUCUGAACAGGCGGUACAAGGAGGUUGAUGCCCUCUUCCUGGAAGAUUUUAAUACAACUCCUUGUAAGAUGUUUAAAAAAUUUGAAGAGGAACCCAUUGCAGCAGCAAGUCUUGCCCAAGUACACCGAGCUGAGCUACAUGAUGGAACAUCUGUAGCUGUAAAGGUACAAUACAUUGACUUAAGAGAUCGAUUUGAUGGGGAUAUCAAGACUUUAGAAAUUCUUCUUGAUAUCAUUGAGUUCAUGCAUCCCAGCUUUGGAUUUCGCUGGGUUCUAAAGGACCUAAAAGGCACUUUGGCGCAGGAGUUAGAUUUUGAAAAUGAAGGACGGAAUUCUGAGCGCUGUGCUCUUGAGCUUAAAAACUUUAAAUAUGUUGUCAUUCCAAAGGUGUACUGGGACAAGACAAGCAAAAGGGUACUAACGGCUGAUUUUUGUGAAGGAUGCAAAAUCAACAACAUUGAGGAGAUCAGAAGUCAAGGCCUCAGCCUAUCAGAUGUUGCUGAUAAAUUAAUUCGGGUGUUUGCAGAACAGAUAUUCUAUACAGGAUUCAUCCAUGCAGACCCCCAUCCUGGAAAUGUACUGGUAAGGAAAGGAAAAGAUGGCAGAGCAGAGCUGGUUCUUUUGGAUCAUGGACUUUAUGAAUUUCUCAAGGAAAAGGACAGAGCAGCACUUUGCAAACUGUGGCGCUCUAUUAUCCUUCACAAUGAAGCAGCAAUGAAGAAGUACUCUUUACAGCUAGGAGUCAAAGAUUACUUCUUGUUCUGUGAGAUUUUAAUGCAAAGACCCAUAAAUAUGGGAGAAUUUAAGCUGUCAAACAUUUUAACCCGUGAAGAGACAGCCUACAUGCAAGAAAUGGCCAAGAAUCAUUUUGAUCGCAUUAUGCAAGUACUUAAAGAUCUACCUCGUCCCAUGCUCUUGGUAUUUCGAAACAUUAACACAGUGCGUUGCAUUAAUAUCAAUCUUGGUGCACCCGUGGAUAGGUAUUUCCUAAUGGCAAAAAGCGCUGUAAGAGGCUGGAGCAGAAUUCAGAGUGAGAAACUGAAGGGAUUUCAGAGUAUCAGCAUUUUCCGUUGGCUGACAAUUAUGUGGGAAGGGAUGCUGUUUGAAAUUGCUUUGAGGUUUGAGAUUCUGCGGAUGAAGGUGACUGUCUCAAUACUGCGGUUACUGAUUCACUUCAGCCUUCUCCCACAGGAUGAUCGUAUUUAUGAUUAUCUCCAGUCAUAGCUUACACCAUUGCUUAUCAAACCCAGUGCCAUGUUAUGGCCUUGUACUGCAUUAACAGGAUUGGUUGCUGUGGCAGGAGAUCCAGAACCUCAGCUCUCAGAAACACUAUCAGAUGCUGAAAGAUUAUGAAUAUAUGCAGUGUCAUGCCAGUGCUGGUAUCCUGCAUGGUGGUUUAUGACAUCGAUUCAUCUGUGGGUUUCAGAAUGUUCCCAGUAAUCUUCAUUUGCUGACUCAGGACAUCUUGCUGCUUGACUUCCUAUUGAAACCUGUGCAUCAUGGAAACUGCACAUGAAGCAUAGACUUGGGGUCAGGGAAGUACAGUGUAUUUACCUGAGCAUAAGCAGCAAAGCAAGGGAAUUACAGGUCCAAGACUUGAGAUGGACUUUUCAUUCACUGUAAAUUGGGUAUAUGGAAAGCUUGAACAGAAUGAAGGAAUCGGGGCUAUGUCAGGCUUUUGAGGAUGGAACAUGACCCUGUGUUAGUCACACAUCUGCUGUUUGAAAUUAACCUCAUCAGAAGUCACAGGCAGGGUACUUAGGAAAGGUGCCACUUAAACUGAAGAUCAGGAUUUGAUCAUGGGUCCAAUAUAGAUUUCUUUUGAGGAACGAUGUUUCUGAUAUCGGAGGAUGGACUCCACGAAUCUAACCUAAUAUGAUUGCCCUUGUCCAUUUUUUUUAUUCUGGUGUAUGUUCACGUAAUCUGACCUAAUCUUUAAAGGAGCUGAGCACUUCCUGAACAGGUGCUUUGUCAGUGACCCUCUUACCAUAAGCUAAGCCUUCCAAUAAAAAUAUAUUUUCCGGUCAUAUUUGUCUGAGAAAGAUGCAAAAAAUUGUUACUGUAGAUGUUUGUCUUGAGUGCCACUUCUUAGCAGUUGGAACAUUACUUAGUGUGGCUAGUUAAGUCAUAACUGUGGCUAGCACUGUGGCUAAUGAGGUAUGGAAUCCCACUGCACUGGUGGCUUUCGUGACAUAGCUGAACGACUUGUAAAUUAUUUUUAUCCAAAAUGCAUUAAAAGCAAUUAAAUGAGAAAGCGUAAGCAACACAUCACUUGCUGCUACAUUUGAUGUUAUUUUAUCACAUUUCUUCUGUUAAAUCUUACUGCUGAAUAUAUCUUCUUAGUAUCAUGGCUUGUCAUUAAUAAUAAAUGCCCCCUGCAAUUCA